CCGGUCGGGCGUAUUUUGAGGUGACACCGUGCGCCGCUGUUUACCGUCCGGAGGUGUGAGGGGACGCGCUGCAGAGCGGAAGAGAACAGAUGAAGAUUUGAUGAAGAGGAGCUGAUCUCAGUUCAGUAUGGAGCUUUCAUCUUUGCUCGAUGACCUUCGUCUCUUCUCCUCCUCCUCAGCAGAGAAGCCCCGCCCCUCUGUCUCCCUCCCACCAAUCACAGAGCUCCUCUCUCACCUGCAGCAGCAGCUGAUUGGUGCAGCUGAUGAGUCCUGCCUGUCCCUGAUUGGUCGAGUAGAGCGGCUCUUCCAAAGCGGAGAUCCUGACUGGCUGUUCUCCCCCUGCUCGGCAAAUCAGGGAGCAGAACAGGCGGGGUGGGCGGGGCUUCAGGCGGCGUACCUCUCAGUGGUGAGAGCUGUGAUUGGCUGUGCUGCUCUGCCACUGUGUGAGGAAGACUGCCCCCCCCCUGCUGCAGCGUAUCACAGCGUCCCCCGCCUCGCCGCCGCCGCUAGCUCCGCCCUCACAGCGCUGCUAAGAACCCUGGGUAACCUGCAGGGAGGGGGGGGGGCCGGGGUCAGAGGUCAGAGGGGCCUGCUGCUCACUCUGGCUCCUCAGGUGUGUGUGUUCAGCGUCACACACAUACAGGUUCAGGUCUGGACUUCUUCUUCCUCCAGAAAAGCAGCAAAGACUCUACAGGUGGAGCUGCUGAGAGCGGGGUGCUGGAGAGACUCCACCCACCUCCUGAUGGGGGACAGGAGGCCAGGAGAGGAGGAGGAGGAAGAGCAGGAGCAGGAGCAAGAGGGGCAGCAGGAGGAGGAGGAGCAGGAGGAGCAUGGAGGGAGGUGCCAAGGGAUUCUAGGAGGGAUCCUGGACGUCCUGCAGCCUCAGCUCACCAAGGACUCGUGGCAGCUUUGUGAGGCAGUGAAGCUGGUGUUUGCUUGGACUCUUCUACAGGUGACUCGCCCCUCCCUCUCCCCCCACCUGCCCCGCCUCCUCCCCCCCUCCCUCCUCCUCAACGACCACCACAGACCAGAGAACUGCAUGCUGGGAAUCCGCUGUCUGCACCACAUUGUGCUGAACACGCCGUCCUCAGAUCUGCGGCAGUGGAACUCAGCUGAUGUUGUGUAUCAGGCUUUAUUCAGACAUCUGUACACCUCAGACGAUGAUGUCAUCCAGCUCGUCCUCUCCUGCCUCUUGGACCUGCUGCUGGUUUUGGAGAAGCCCCCCUCCUCCCUCGCCCCCUCCUCCUCCCGCAGGAAACCCUGUCGCCAUGACGACGUGCUGCGCCUGGUCCUGACCCACAUGGAGGCGGAGCACAAGGUGGCGCUGCGCCGCGUCUACGCCUCGGCGCUCCCUCAGUACCUGGACAGGAUGGGCGUGGCGCUGUGCAGACACCUGCGGCGGCUGGAGCGGGUCGUGCUGGGAUACCUGGAGCUCAGAGAUCCACCAGAAGAGACGAGCACCAUGAAGAUCCUCCAAGUCCUGCAGAAGAUCCUAAAAGCAGCCUGGCCGCGGAUGGAGACUCGGGUCGACACGUUGCUGCGUUGCCUGCUGCGGUUGCUGGUUGAUGUUUCCUCCGACUGUGAGCUCCGUGUUUCAGUCAAAGAGGAAGUGAUGAGUCAAACUGUGCACUGCAUCCAGCUGCUGGACUCCUGCUCACACGGGAAGAUACAGUCUCUCCUCCAGCAGGUUGACAGCAGCUGCUGCAGCUCCGAGGUGCUCGGUUGCCUAGCGACAGUAACUAUGAGGACAGAGAGGUGAUGUCGCACACCUGGACGUCGGGUCGGAGCUCGGCUGACGUUUAGAGAAGU